AUGGUUAUGACGGUUCAGCAUUCGGGCUCAGUUCUGAGCAGAGCUCUGCGCAGUCGAGCCAUCCGCCCACAGGUGGCAACUGCAGGCGCUCAUUCCAUUGCAUUGGGAAAUACUUCGCCGAUUCAGCGACUAUACUCUUCAUCAAAUUCCGUCCCUCUCCGGAACGACUCGACCGAAGACGAUCGCGAUCACGAUCACGAAACCUCUCCAUCACAACCCGGGCCUUCAACUCGCGAUGGAGACAACGCUGGUAUUAUGCGGGGAGUGAAGAUCCCUUACAAAAAGCAGUCACAUGCCAUGCGGAAGGAGAAUGGACGGACUCUGAUGGACAUUGCUUCUGCAACCACAACCACUGGAGCGACGUUUUCAAGCAAGUCGAUCGCGCUCGAGUUGCAAUGGCUGACGGAUCCUAAAACUUUGGCGGAUCGAGUUGGACGGCUCUUAAAGGCCGGCGAUGUGGCUCAGGCGGCUGCCCUGACACGUGAGGCACAACGCAGACAAAUAAGGUGCGACCAGGCGUGGAAUCAUCUUAUGCGAUACUGCAUGGAUGAAGGGUAUCCGGACGCGGCAUUCAAAUUCUAUAAUGAUAUGAAAAAGCGAGGCCGACAACCCUCCCCCAAAACUUAUACGAUCAUGCUUCAAGGCUUCAGUAAAGGAGGCAAAGGACCAAAAUCCCGCGAGACUGUUAAGAAAGCCGAGUCCAUCUAUAAAGCUAUUUUUGCGAAGAAUUCCAGUGUCAAACCCAACAUCAUUCACUCAAACGCCAUGUUGAGUGUCUGUCAACGCCACGGCGACUUGGAUACACUAUGGCGUAUUGCCGGCGAUUUGCCUGACGAAGGACCUGACAUGCCGGAUAUGAGAACCUAUAGUAUCAUUCUGGCCGCUCUCCACCAUGCCGCUCGCGACGAUCUCCGAAAGAUGAAACCCCACCAAGUCGACGAAGUUAUCGCUCGGCAAGAAAAGAUGGUCACGGAGGGCAAGAGGAUCUGGGCUGAUGUCAUCUACCGAUGGUCGAACGAUGGCUUGCAAUUGAGUAACCAAGUCGUGAAUGCAAUGGCCCAUCUGCUUCUCGACGGAGUCCACGACAGCGAUUUCUACGAUGUCCUACAACUUUACAAUCAGACCAUGGGGGUUCCCAUUCUUGCAAAGAGGCCCGAGCCGAACAUGACUAUCAGUCGCUCGCGAGCUCGUUUCAUAUUGAGGUCAUACGAGAAGGCACGGUUGACGACAGGAAAUGAGCCUGAACAUGAGGAUGUCCCAUUUGUCGACGAAGACAAUAAACCCCUUAGACGCGAGACUGAAAAUGAGGAGACAGCCCCGGCUGAGGAGGAAGAAGAUGAUAUGGAGGAGGAAGAUUUCGAAUUCCUUUUCCAGCCCGUCACCCUGGCGGACGGCCAGUCGCCAGAACACCUCGUGCCGGACAGCAAGGAUCUCACCGUGAUUCUGACUGCUUGCUCCAACAUGACGCAUAAUUUUUCAGCCGGUCAGAGCUAUUGGGAUCUCUUUACUCGCGAGUCGGAAAAAUUCCACCUGCAGGCCGACGAAAUUUGCUGCAUGGAAUACCUUCGUCUUCUCCGUCGAGCCCGGGCUAGCAAAGAUACAGCUCGAGUCGUGAGAGAGCAAAUGCUUCCUUGGGGAACUACAGAUGCUACCGCUUUCCACGUCGCUUUUGCAUCCUGUCGCCGUGACCGCCGCAAUCAAUCGGUACUUCUCAAUGCCAAGGACCUCCUCGACACGAUGCGUAAGGGUCUUGUUCUUCCAGACCCUCGUGUUAUCGAAGGAUAUUUGGCGUUGAUCCAGGAAUUCUCCGAUGACCCGCAAUCCAUCUUGAACUUGCGUGGCUUGAAAAUUGACGAAGGUUCGAAGAGUCAAACUCUACAAGCUCUUGGAAAACAGCUACAAGCCAAGCUGGGCCUUUUCGCCCUUGAUACGCUACGCCCUCACUAUUUGCAGCUCCAUGAGGCGUUUUCGGAAGGAAAGCCUGCUCCUAGGGGCCGUUGGAAUAGUCUGAAGGGCGGCAACGAGGAUGUCUCAGCCUCAAAGGCAGUCAAGAUUAUGUCUCGGAUCCGCACGCUAAUCGACGAGACUCUCAAGUCCGAGUAUGCGCCAUUUGUCUCGAAGGCAGAGCGCAAGAUCCUCGCUGAGGAGUCUAAAAUGCUGAAAAGGUAUUCCGAUAAGGCCGUCAUUCAUGGUGCCAAUAACAAAAUUGUCUAUCCAACGGUUGCGCAACGAGAAGUCUUCCGCAAACUCCAGAAGGAGAUCGAAGAAUUCGAGCCGAGAUUCCGAAAGGACAGCCGUACUGCACCAGCGACCUCUCGGGGCAAAAUCGAGUCGGAGGUUGAAUCUGAGGUCGUGGAUACCGCACAGGCUGAGAAAAAGUCCGAAUUCGACACCAAGCCCGAAAACAAGGUCGAGGCUCAGAACCAACCCAAGACCGAGGCAAGCCCUGAAACUGAAACCAAGCCCGAGGUUAAAGGCUAA